AUGCUCGUGGCCUCCGAGGGCAGCAAAAAGGGUCCAUACGACGACCUCGCGUACAAGAUCGGCCGCGACGUGUACGUCGACAUCGCGGGGUGGCACCUCUUCCUGCGCGACAUGAGCGCAGUGCCCGGCCUCAAGAUGGCGGCGGCGCUGGCGGCGCAGCUCGGGCCCACCGCCGCUGGCGCUGGGCGCGGGGGGCUGCGCGAGAGUGAUGUCAGCGCGGUUUUGAAACGGAUCCCGGUUGACGUGGGCGGCGGCCGCGUUACGCUGUCGCUGUACGAUGUGAUGCCAAAUGGCUGUGUGAGCGACCUGGUGCGUCUGCUGGAGGACUGGGCCAAGGACCAGUAG